UGGGUCGGGGGCGUGGUCUGUGUGGUGGGCGGGAUCUGAUUGUCGGGGGCCGGGCCUCAUGCUAGCCACCAGGGGCCCUGGAGGCGCAGGUCAGGGCGGCGGGGCCCGAACGCACGGCGCAUCCGAGCGCAGAAGGACCCUCGAGCCUCCCCCAUGGCCGUGGGCAACAUCAACGACCUGCCCGAGAACAUUCUUCUGGAGCUGUUCACGCACGUGCCCGCCCGCCAGCUGCUGCUCCACUGCCGCCCGGUCUGCAGCCUCUGGCGAGACCUCAUCGACCUGGUGACCCUCUGGAAGCGCAAGUGCCUGCGGGAGGGCUUCAUCACCGAGGACUGGGACCAGCCUGUGGCCGACUGGAAGAUCUUCUACUUCCUGCGCAGCCUCCGUAGGAACCUGCUGCACAACCCGUGUGCUGAAGAGGGAUUUGAAUUCUGGAGCCUGGAUGUGAAUGGAGGUGAUGAGUGGAAGGUGGAGGAUCUCUCUAAAGACCAGCGCAAGGAAUUCCCCAAUGACCAGGUCAAGAAAUACUUCGUGACUUCCUAUUACACCUGCCUCAAGUCUCAGGUGGUGGACCUCAAGGCUGAAGGGUACUGGGAGGAACUGAUGGAUACCACUCGGCCGGACAUCGAGGUCAAAGACUGGUUCGCAGCCAGGCCGGACUGCGGGUCCAAGUACCAGCUGUGCGUGCAGCUCCUGUCGUCGGCACACGCACCUCUGGGGACCUUCCAGCCAGACCCCGCAACCAUCCAGCAGAAGAGCGAUGCAAGGUGGAGGGAGGUCUCCCACACGUUCUCCAACUACCCACCCGGCGUCCGCUACAUCUGGUUUCAGCACGGAGGCGUGGACACUCACUACUGGGCCGGCUGGUACGGCCCGAGGGUCACGAACAGCAGCGUCACCAUCGGGCCCCCGCUGCCCUGAUGCUCCCUGAGCCCCUAACCUCUGAACCCUGACUGGUAAAUGUCUAUCAGAAGAGGGUGGGACUUGGGAAGGGGAAGUGGAAACCAGGCAUCCUCAGACUUUGUAGCUUGUUCUUACCCCCAGUCACCUCUUCCUUGUGGAGCCUCUCCGUCUGGGUUGCCCCUGCCACCCUACAUGAGUCCCUGAGAGUCUCAGGGAAGGGUCCCCAAGCCUAGAUGCCAGCCCAGAUCUCUCUCCCUACCCCUACCCUGGACCUUUCUCUGGGUUGAGGGUCCCUAGUACAGGGACAGGCAAGAUGUCUCGCGGGUCUGGGGACUGACUGCCUCUGAAAGUUCAGGCGCCAAGAAGCAGAUGUAGUGGUAGGAGGAGGGCCCUACCAGCUAUGUGUGCGACCUCUACCCGAAUCAGAAGACAGAGCUCCGGCCCGGGAUGGACAGGCAGACCUGGGGUGAACUGGGGUUCAGAGUGGGUGUGAACUGCCCUAACCAUCAGUGAAGCCUCAGAAGCCAGAUGAGAACAAGAUGAGGGCAAGGCGCCCUGGAGGGACCCAGGGAACCCUGAUCAAGGAGACACGGGGUGGGAGCAGGCAGGGGACAGGAUGGGCCCCGAUUCUGAGAACCAGUACAAAAGAGCGAGGUAGAGGGCCCCAGCUGGGCUCCCUUUGACGUGCAGUAUAACCCCCACCCCCUAUGCCGUUCCCAAGAUGCCCCUGCCAGAGUCCCACUUGUCAUUCUCCUUUAUUGAAUACAAAUAAAAGGUUUCCCAUCCA